UUGAAAGGGAGUUGGUGCUAUUUGUUGAAUAGGUUGGAAGCAACAGAAAAACACAUCAGCGAUUAUAGCAUCAUGUAUUUUGCACAAUAUUUGUGAUAAUAAAGGAGAAAGCCUUAGUGAUGGGUGGGAGGCUGAGGUGCAGAGACUUGCUCCGUGAUUUGAGCAACCAGCAAAGCAUCCAAUACAAAAUGCAAACAGCCGGGACAGUAUUAUCAGGGAUGCCUGUUGCUCUUAUUUUGAGGCUCAGGCCUGAAUUGUGCAGCUGUACAUCCAGCUAUUAACUCCUGGAGAGGAGGGGGGUUUGAAGUCUUUUGUUCAGUUCGGUGUAGUUUACGGGUGGUGGAAGUGCAACAGAGCCAGCACUCCCUAUUGCACCAAAUGUCUUUGCCUGAAUGUGUUUGUAAAGCCCUAUCAAUUAGUACAAACAUAAUUUUCUGUGUAAAAUGAGCUGUCAUCAACUCCAUAUGAAUGUUUGACAUUUUAAAAGGUUUUUAUUAAUCUGUUAUGUAACGAGCAGAAGUGAACAUUCAGCUGAAACAAAGCUGAAAAACAGCUUUUAAUUAUGACACAAUAUAUUAAACAGCAAUCUAUUAUCUAACUACAAAGAACCCUUUCAUUAUAUCAUCAGUGAAACGAAACAGUCAAGUGCAACAGUGCAAGGCAGGGCACAACACAAAGUGGGAAGGGGGUUACAUUUACAGGCUAGUGCGUGUCUUUGCUCAGCCUCUUCUGGUUUGUGGGCUUUCUGGUGUGGCAUGCUGAGGUUUGAAGUUACAAGGGGCAAUUGAGGGCUCAAAUGAGCUGGGGUCCUAAUUGCCCCAAAUUGUUCUCUGUGCCCUCAGCUUGGGUCUCAGAGGGAAAUGGCCUGGGAGUACUGCUGUGGGGUUACACCAGGGAGGUGUGUACUCUUGUUCCUUGUAGCCUGUAUUGUUCAGGGGCUUCAUAAUAUGGCUGGGACUGGUUUGCACUACUGUAUUGCUGACUGCCCUAAUAGUUAAAUGCUGCAAUAGGGCAUUUCGGGUUUGUGUUGUCCCCAGGAGUUGCCUCUGCAUCUCCCUCUUUCUAUGCUGUUUUUGGACAUGGCAGUGCUUUCCCUGGCCACUGCCACGCUGUCCUUUGCCACUGCAACAAUCUCUCAGUCCUUAAAUACUGCUUCCAACUCCCUGCAUUUUUUGAGGGGGAGAGGUCCUCUGUAAUGAUGCCACAAACAUUUUGUCACAAGCUUUCUCCCCGUCAGGUUUGCCAGCCAUUCUGCUGUUGAUAAGGGCCCUGUCCUUGAGUCUGUCUCAUGCAGAUAUAAUUGCUGUGGUGGUAUUUAAAAAAAAAAAAAAAAAAAAAGGUGGGAGGAGGGCAGUUACUGUUCCUAGUCUAGGGAGGCUCUGAUAACUUUUUUUUUUCACAUGCAUUUCUGCCUUUACCUCCUUGAGAUUCUUCCAUUCUGAGGAUUCCCCGAGACUGGGUUAUCCUGACUCUGGAUGAUGUUACACUGAGGCGGGUGACUAGGAGCUGGUUGGAGGUGGAUGGACAGGUGGAAAAGAAUGGCAUGUCUAGCUCUCCUUGAUUGGUGGGAGCGUCACUGAAGCAGGAACAAAAGAGAGUGAAAUGAAGGGGGUGAGCCCAUAGGGCCCCAGGAAGAAAGAGAAGGCAGUCAAAUUAGUAGCUCCCAAAAGUAACGUGUAAAAGGUAUCUAAAAGCAAUUGGCACAGGAUCUUGGUUUUGUACUCUUAACUGUCUCAAAGCGUGAGUUUUACGACGUUGGGAAACGGCACAUUUCAGCUGAGAUCGGAGCUGUGACAUUGAUCUAAAGAAAUACUGCAGACCCAUCUAGCAGUCGGAGUAUGGCUAUGAACAAUGGCAAUAAUGAUUUUGUGGUCCUGAGUAAUGGCAGCAUCCUCUCCAGUGCUACCGGUCCCAGCAUCCUUUCAGCUACUGAUGGAGGCAUUGCAGCCCAACACCUCCCCUCCAAGGAAGCACCAAGAGCAAAAGUGAGUCCAAAUGGAUGCCUGCAACUUAAUGGUACAAUCAAACCAUCCUUUCUGCCUGUAGACAACCAAAGAACUCAACAGAUGUUAACACAAUGCUGCCACCCUUGCCCAUACCAUCAUCCUUUAAGUAACCAUAAUAAACAGCAAGAAUGUCAUUCACUGGCUGGGAGCACAGCACCAUCUCCUAUGACUUCCUGCUGCCUGCAGGCACAUACUGAAUAUUCAACAUCUGUCUGCCAAAAACAUACACCUAUGUAUCAGACCACCUGCUGCCUUCAACACUCCCCAUCAUUCUGCCUUCAUCAUCAGUGGCCUGACCAUUUUCAACAUCAGUCUGUUCAACAACAUGUAGCCAGUGUAAGACCAGCCAGACCAUUCAAGUUACCAAAAAGUUAUGCAGCCCUGAUAGCUGACUGGCCUGUGGUGGUUCUAGGCAUGUGUACUGUGUUAAUAGUGGUGUGUGCAUUGGUUGGCAUAUUAGUUCCAGAUCUUCCAGACUUCUCUGAUCCUCUGCUGGGUUUCGAGCCAAGAGGGACUGCAAUAGGCCAGAGAUUGGUCACAUGGAAUAAUAUGGUGAAAAACACAGGGUACAAAGCAACAUUGGCAAAUUAUCCUUUUAAAUAUGCAGAUGAACAGGCUAAAAGUCAUCAGGAUGACAGAUGGUCAGAUGAUCACUAUGAGAGAGAGAAAAGGCAAGCAGAUUGGAAUUUCCACAAAGACAGCUUUUUCUGCGAUAUUCCAAGUGAUCGAUACUCACGAGUGGUGUUUACUUCCACAGAAGGAGAGAACUUGUGGAACUUGCAUGCAAUUAAAUCAAUGUGCAAUGUAGAUAAUUUGAGGAUAAGAUCUCAUUCCCAAUUUGGUGAUCUCUGCCAGAGGACCACUGCUGCUUCAUGCUGUCCCAGCUGGACGCUGGGCAACUAUAUUGCCAUUCUAAACAACAGAUCGUCAUGUCAAAAAAUUGUAGAACGAGAUGUUUCUCACACCCUAAAGCUGCUUCGUACAUGUGCCAAGUACUACUACAAUGGAACCCUGGGGCCAGAUUGCUGGGAUGUGGCAGCCAAAAGGAAGGACCAGCUCAAGUGUACAAAUGUGCCUCGUAAAUGUACAAAGUACAAUGCUGUUUACCAGAUUCUGCACUAUCUAGUGGACAAAGAUUUUCUAAGCCCAAAGACUGCUGACUACGUCUUGCCAGCUUUAAAGUACAGCAUGCUCUUCUCUCCAACAGAAAAAGGAGAAAGCAUGAUGAACAUUUACCUGGAUAAUUUUGAGAACUGGAACUCUUCUGAUGGUAUAACGACCAUCACGGGGAUUGAGUUUGGAAUAAAACAUAGUUUGUUUCAAGAUUACCUAUUAAUGGAUACUGUGUAUCCUGCCAUAGCCAUUGUCAUUGUUCUCUUAGUCAUGUGUGUGUACACGAAGUCCAUGUUUAUCACGCUGAUGACCAUGUUUGCAAUAAUUAGUUCCUUGAUUGUAUCUUACUUUCUUUAUCGUGUAGUAUUUAAUUUUGAGUUUUUCCCUUUUAUGAACCUCACGGCAUUAAUUAUUCUUGUUGGAAUUGGCGCAGAUGAUGCUUUUGUCCUGUGUGAUGUUUGGAACUACACAAAAUUUGAUAAAUCUCAUGCUGAUACUUCUGAGACAGUCAGCAUCACCUUGCAACAUGCUGCUCUUUCCAUGUUUGUAACCAGUUUUACCACCGCGGCUGCCUUCUAUGCUAAUUACGUCAGCAAUAUUACAGCAAUCCGAUGUUUUGGUGUUUACGCUGGCACUGCCAUAUUGGUGAAUUAUGUUUUAAUGGUAACAUGGUUACCAGCAGUAGUUGUGUUACAUGAACGGUAUCUUCUCAAUAUAUUCACUUGCUUCAAAAAACCUCAGCAGCGGGUCUAUAGCAACCAAGGCUGCUGCACAGUGUUGUGCCAAGUGUGCCACAAGAUUAUUUUUGCAGUCUCAGAAGCAUCCAGGAUAUUUUUUGAAAAAGUCUUGCCAUGCAUCGUUAUCAAGUUUCGAUAUAUUUGGCUGUUCUGGUUCCUUGCUUUAACUGUAGGUGGAGCAUAUAUUGUAUGUGUUAAUCCAAAAAUGAAAUUACCAUCACUGGAGCUCUCUGAGUUUCAAGUGUUUAGGUCUUCUCAUCCUUUUGAACGCUAUGAUGCUGAGUACAAAAAGCUUUUUAUGUUUGAACGUGUCCACCAUGGAGAGGAACUCCACAUGCCAAUUACAGUAAUCUGGGGCAUCUCUCCUGAAGAUAAUGGAGAUCCUCUAAAUCCUAAAAGUAAAGGAAAGCUGAAACUAGACAGCAGUUUUAAUAUUGCAAGCCCAGCUUCACAAGUCUGGAUUUUACAUUUUUGCCAGAAGUUAAGAAAUCAAACAUUUUAUUACCAAACUGAAGAACAAGACUUUGCAAGCUGCUUUAUUGAGACAUUUAAGCAGUGGAUGGAAAAUCAGGACUGUGAUGAGCCAGCUCUUUAUCCCUGCUGCAGCCACUGGAGGUUUCCAUACAAACAAGAAGUUUUUGAGUUAUGCAUCAAGAGGGCCAUCAUGGAGUUAGAAAGAAGCACUGGGUACCAUUUGUACAGCAAAACCCCAGGGCCUCGCUUUGACAUAAAUGAUACUAUCAGGGCUGUUGUACUGGAGUUCCAAAGCACUUAUCUCUUCACACUGGCUUAUGAGAGAAUGCAUCAGUUCUACAGAGAGGUGGAUUCAUGGAUUUCAAAUGAGCUUCGUUCUGCUCCUGAGGGUCUUGGCAAUGGAUGGUUUGUGAGUAAUUUAGAGUUCUAUGACCUCCAGGACAGUCUUUCUGAUGGUACUCUGAUUGCCAUGGGUCUUUCAGUUGCUGUUGCAUUUAGUGUAAUGCUACUUACAACUUGGAAUAUAAUUAUAAGCCUUUAUGCAAUAGUUUCAAUAGCUGGAACUAUAUUUGUUACUGUUGGUUCUCUGGUUCUUCUUGGAUGGGAGCUAAAUGUGUUAGAGUCUGUUACUAUUUCUGUAGCUGUUGGCUUAUCUGUGGACUUUGCUGUUCACUACGGAGUUGCUUACCGCUUAGCUCCUGAUCCAGACCGAGAAGGAAAAGUCAUCUUCUCUCUAAGCCGCAUGGGCUCUGCAAUUGCAAUGGCUGCCUUGACCACAUUUGUGGCUGGAGCAAUGAUGAUGCCUUCCACGGUCUUAGCAUACACCCAACUUGGCACCUUCAUGAUGCUUAUAAUGUGCAUUAGUUGGGCUUUUGCAACCUUCUUUUUCCAAUGCAUGUGCCGUUGCCUUGGACCUCAAGGCACUUGUGGCCAGAUUCCUUUGCCAAAAAAAUUGCAAUGCAAUGUCUUCUCCCAAGCUUUGUCAGGAAGCCAAGGAGACCGGGGACAAAACAAAGCACAUCUUGCCAACACAUUUCAGUUGGAUUCCGGAGGGCAAAAAAUAGAAAUGGAGCAGGAGCAUUAUGAGUUAGAGCCUCUGGCAUCACAUACCAGUAAUUGUAAUUCAUCAGAGAAAGUAAGUUAUGAAGAAACCCACAUCUGCUCAGAACUUUUCAAUGGCAGACCCCCAAAUGCAUGCACGUCUGUGCAUUCAGCAUAUAACAGUGAAUUGAAUAAAAGCAUCAAAAAUGAAGCUGGUUCAACCCUGGUACAGCCAUGUGUCGACCAGCAUACCAUGUGCCCCCUCUCCUCUCAGAACAGGCAGUGUAGCUGUCCAGAUGCAUAUAGACAGUUAAGUGACACUUUGUGCUACCAAUGUGCCCCGUCAUCUGGUAAUGUUGUGCAGGUCCAAAACUCUGUGCCUCCUGUAAAUGUUUUACAGCAAGCUGUUGAAAGCUUUGUUCCCCCAGUCCAACAUGUGCUCCAUUGCAGUUGUCUUCAGGGGAGACUGAAAAGACCCAUGAUGCAGAACUCUCUGCCUAGAAAUUUUUUUCUGCAUUCAGUACAGCAGUUUCAAACACAUGAAAGAAUAAACAGGAGAGAUGCAGCUAGUCUUCAGAAUACAGAGGAGAGUGUAAGAACUCUUCCAAAGGUGACCAGCUCCUCACUGUUUAUCUGCAGAAGUGCUGGUUCUCUUAUAAAACCUUGUUCUGAAGCUGAAAAUAAUGUAUCAAGUAACCAAAAGGGACUCUGUAAAAACAGAGACAAGUGUGAUUUAAGGGGUACAGAAGUAAAUGGAAAUGAAGACAAGCGAACUUCAGUAUCAAAGCAGAAGAUAACUGAAAUCAAGAUAGAUCCGAAUUCAUCGCAAACUGACCAACUUUUGAAGGCUGAUCAAAAUGAUCAGAAACACAUACUGAACAGUGCAGUGAGAGAGGCCGAGUAUGAGUUUUGCCCUGAAAAUACACAAUAUUGUAACAGAGCCAUAACAGUGAAGUGCAAUUCCGCUGACAGUCGAAUGCCAAACAUUGAGGCCAAUGUGCCUGCUUUGUUAACGCAUCCAGAACUUUCCAAUGAAAGUUUGUUAAUAAAACCGCUAUAAUAAAUCUUACGUUUGGCAA